AUGAGCUCAUCGAAGUUCUUCGAUCCAGAAUGGGUCCAUCUCAGCCAGCUGUUGCAGCAGUCUCUUGACCGCUACGAACGGGAAGAGCGGGAGAGGGCGAAGGGUGCGGCGACGGAUGGCAAGGCAACGUCGCGGCCGCGGGCGAAGAGGAGCAGCGGCGAUGAGCUGGGCCAGCCGUGGCAACCGCGGCGCAAGCUCGACAGGUCGGCGCUGACGUAG